AUGAGUGACGUUACCCAUGCAGCGAUUGCCAAAACAAAGAUUCUCAAGGCACUUUGUGAGCAAUGGACCCUCGAGAUCAGCGAAAUCAAGAGCCCCGAGACAGAAUACAGAGAAAAACGUCAAGUGCUGCUAAGAAACUAUGACAAGGAGAUUUGCCAACUGGGGAAGCACUCUCCUGAUACCAAUGAGUAUGCAAGACGAUCAGAUGCGGUUCUUAAAUUUGCUGGUGACCUUAGAGAGCUAGACAUCGAAUAUCACAGUUCAGUCGCCCUGCUGGAACGGCAGUUUGCAGAACGCCUGGAGACCGCCAACAAGAGGCUUGCUUGCGAUUCAUUCCAGACUUUGGGGGAUACUCUAUGGGAUCACUCGGUUUCAACUGUAUUACACCAGUGCCUGAGUUCCAAGACACCAAUGGUCGCGGAUACCGGUGUAAAGGAAGGAUCCAAAGCGUUGCUGGAAGCUCGAAGCGAAAAGGAAUCUAAUCUUAACAUCACAGCUGAAACACUAAUAGACUUGGAAUCGGGUCAGAAUCAGAGUUUACUCCCAGUGACAGGAAACUCCAAGCACCAGGAUCGGGCUUUAGCGCAGGCGCCAGCUUUGACAAAAGCCAGAGUCUUGGUCCAAAGUGAGACUAUGGAUCAUUCCCAGGUCACACUUCAUCAGACACCGAUCCAAGAACGUGAGCCCGCAUUACAGUCAAACCUAGUCACGGACGGACAAGGCGCUACUAGCCCAGUGGCGAUUCAAGCCUCAACCCCAAACCGAACUACCGAUGCGAGCCGACUUUCAGAGAAUGUUGUUGACCCACAGGCAAGAUCAAGCUCGAGAGCGAUGCCAGCUUCGGAGACGAACUUGGAUCAAAAUGGAGGGAGAGCAUGCUUGGACAUGUGGCCGUCUUCUCAGAUCCCAAAUCAGUCGGCAUCAUUUGUUAAAGGCACAGAGACUCUAAACAAUAACCCUGGUGAAGAAUGGACUGAUUCUCUUGUCGCCCAUCUUCGCGCUCCUUUGAAGAGGCUUCAGGCGGAAGCAUCCAAUCGAAAACAUAAACGACAAAAGCCGCCCAUCGAGCCCCUUAAGAUCCCCGAAGAACAAGUCAUCUCUUUUGAUCAAGUCUUCCAGGAUGGAAACGCCCAAAUCAAGUACAUCAUUGUUCAGCAUCCUCCAGAGCUUGGACACUGGUACAUCCUGGAAUGCAAGGAACAUAACAAGCACUUCUACCAGGAUCCAAUUCAAGGGGCUACUCGGCACCUCAUCGGCCAGGAGCAUGGGAUAAGCGGGGAUCAUUCCCUUGCAGUCAAGAUGCUCGGAGCCCGUGUUCUUGACUGUAACGAGAAACUGGCUGCGAAAACAAUUGGAAACCGAACCAAAGAGUAUCUAACACAGGAGGUUGGAAUCAUCCCUGUUGUUGGCGAGGUAUACGCUGCCAGGUAUCCUACAAAGAGCCAUACCUGUGCAGUUCUUGUUCUCCCAUGGACAGCCUUUGACCAUUUUCCACGCAUGAAACAGCUACUGAGAGACACUCCUGCAUGCUUUCUCUUUGACAAGACGGUUGAUCAGUGUCCUCGAGGCUGGGCUAAGGGUUACGAGGACGGAGGCCACAGAUUCAAAGAAAGGGCUUAUCCUGUUGUUUACUUUCACAAGGACAAGUUUCCAGAACAAUGCAAUGUUGGUUGGGUUCCUAUAACAAGCUUUAAGGCAUACAAUCCUGGGCAUACUGAGGUUGUUUUCCCUAGGAUUGUGGACCAAUAUCUCCGGAACAAAGAUCCUCGAUUGACAGCCAACCACGGUUACUCAACAGCCAACAGUAUUGUCAUACCAGACGACAAUGACCAUGAGGAUGCACACAUGGAACACGGGAACGGCGAAAUGUCUGGUAACGCUUCCAGAAAUGAGAGUCGUUUGCGCUUGAAGGAUAAGCGACUUGUGGAGAACACAAAGCUGCAGGCAGAAAGCAGUACUGCCGACCUGAAAACUUCCUACAACUCUCCUUCACAAGGGGAUGGUACUGUUGUCCCCCGUUCUCAAACUCAUACCCAAGAGCCAACUACUACGCCUGGUCAGAUGGCAAGGAUCGAGUAUCCCUUCGUCAGCGGCGGGUCAGAAGACGUGGAAAAGGCGGGAUCUACAACAGGCCACGUAGCUACAUCGACAUCCAAACAGCCGAUUGUCAACCUCGCGGAGCUCGGUGAGGUACAUGCCGAUAGCGCUUUCAACAGACCAGCUCCACGAAACGAGGAUACAUAUAGCCGCGUCUCACUGAGGCCAUCCUAG